UGUCAGAAAAUUGCACAAAUAAAUAACAAAAUCUACUGAAAAACUUCUAUAAAGUAGCGUAUGUGCUAAUAAUUUUAAAUAAAAUAAGUAGUUAUUUAUGUUGUAAAAUAAAAAAGUAAUUUAGAUACGUGCUUAAGGCAUUGAAGUAAAACGCGCUUAACAAUGGGCGAGAAUUGCGCGAAAGGUGCAACGCAGAAAAUAAUUGAAAACAAGGAUGCCGAUACCAGAGAAUUAAACGAGAUUUGCAAUUUAUUAUGGGGACCAAGUAUACGAAGGGAUGUCUUUAGUAGAUGGUCGCAAGGCUUCGUAUUUAGUGAAGUUGAACCUUCAGCAUUAGUACAAAAACAAGGUGGUCCUUGCGCUGUGAUUGCACCUGUGCAAGCUUUUUUAAUAAAAAUUCUUAUUAUGGAUACGCCGGGUCAUUCCUUGAAAGAUCUGACAGAUGACAAAUGCAAAAAGCUGCUGAUAAAGGCGCUGUGUAAUAUUCUGCAAAAAUGUAAAGCGCAAAAACAGAGAAUCGUGUAUCUGCCGCAGGAUUCAUUUCAAACAGAAGCCAAAGAAACAUGUAAUGCUAAUACAGUCGUUAAUGUUGACAACCAAGACGCUUGUACGACAGCUAAAGGAGAGGCAGAUAAAGUAGCGGCUGCUGAGCUGUCACCUGAGCAAUUUCAUAAUCAAAUUCAGGUGCUUAAUUUUCGAACGGUGGAAGAAGUGGAAAUGUAUUACACUGAAAACUUUCAUGUGCUGUCGGCACAAUUUGGCGUACUGCUAUUUAUGUAUACUGUGUUAUUAACAAAGGGUAUAGAUAACGUGAAUUCUGAGCUCUCCGACACAUCAGAACCGCUCAUACAUAACACUUACGGCUAUGGUUCACAGGCUUUAAUAAAUUUAAUGUUAACUGGUCGAGCAGUUGCACAUGUUUGGGACAACGAUCAGGAUGUUGGUGGUUUGAAACUACGGGGCAUUAAUGAACAAAGCGAUAUUGGUUUCAUAACGUUGAUGGAACAAAUGCGUUAUUGCACUGUAGGUUCGUUUUAUAAAAAUCCAUGUAAUCCAGUUUGGGUUAUGGGCUCCGAAACGCACUUGACUGUGUUAUUUAGUACUGAAAAGAGGCUGGUUUCGCCGGAAACUCCUUCAGAAAUAGCGAGGCGAGUUUUUAAAUCGUUCGAUCCUGACGGCAACAAUUUUAUAGCUGCGCCUGUAUUGCAAGAUGUAAUGGCAACGUUGGAUUUGGUUAGUGAACAGGAAUAUGUGGAAAUAAUGCAAAAACGUUUAGACCCUGAAGGAUUGGGGAUAAUACUUUUAAAUGCAUUUAUGGAUGAAUUCUUUCCACGGGAAAAACGUUCUACACCAGAUACAUUUGAUUUAAUGCACUAUAAUGGUAUACCAGGUUCAAAUGAAGGAAACAAGGUACGCUAUUACAGGGGAUCUGCCAUUUUACUUGAAAGCGAUUUAAAAUCGGUUUGUGUGUCGAAUCCCAUGAUGACAUGCUUACAAACGAAAUGGCCAAAUAUUGAAAUAAACUGGCACGAUAUGCGAAUACCAUCACUAAAUUGACCUAACCACACAUUACCAACAUCAACCAAUAGAUUAACAACAUUAGAUAAAUUGUGCAACAAUAAACACCGCAUGCCGUAAUGAGGAGACCGUGUUAAAGUAGCUGCUUUAAAUGAAAUCAAAUUUAUUUAAUAUAUUUUCUUUCAUAUGAUUUUAAUUUUGAUUAAAUAGUGACAUUAGCUAACCGAAGGAAAAUUUAACGAAACCUUUAUUGUAAUUCCUAUUAACAUAAUGCAAAUGUGUUGUUAAAAAAUAUUACUAACACGAAUAAUAGACAUACAAUGUAGUUUCUUUAUUAAAUGUUUUCUGAUCAAACAAAAAAACAAAAAAAAAACCAACAAGCAAAGAAGUAAAAUGUUAUAGAAACUAUAAUUAUACUAACUGAAGGAUGCUUAUUUAAAAUAUCAUUUCAACAAACUCAUAUUAAAAUUAAUAAACCACUGACACUAAAAGACACGUCACAUAAAUACAGUCCAUAGGUAUUUGAAUUAUACAUACAAACUUAUUAGUAUUAACGAAAUAUAUAUACAAUAUUGUAUAACACGAAAGAAUUCUUUAUUUAUAAUAAAAACUGAAAACUGAUAUUCAUUUCAUAUCGAAGACUAAUUGGAAAAUUUUACGAAUAUAUUAUUUUAAUAUUUUAUAA